AUGCUCGUGGGUUCCGGCGCUCUUGCGGGUCGUCCAAACAACAGCUCCAGUGGCAAUCGCACUUCGGCUAGUAGUUCUUCUUCAAAGUCUGCGCAUGAAGCUCAAACACCCGAGGUGCAGGCACAAAUUGUCAGUCGCCUUACGGAUAUUGCAAACCGGUAUUUGCCUGCGGUGCACCAUGCGAUCCAACUAGUAUCAAUGCAGCCCGAAUCCCACGUGUAUGUGCGCAAGUACACCAAACUGAAAGACAUUUUGGAGAACCCAGAGGCGAAUCUGCAUUCGGCAGUUCAACCGUCAGAUGUUCGUCGACAUCCCGGUGUGGACCAAUCACGCCAUCACUUGUCCCAGCAACCACCCUCUCAACUUCUCAGUCGUUUUCGAGUACCAACGACGAAUUUGAAUACCCUUCUCUCUCAACCAUUGGGUGGCUCCAGCCCCACCAGCACUCCAGAUACUCAGCAAACGAUUGGUCGAUCGCCUCAUGGAAAGCCAAUACUGCACCACACAUCUUCCAUGCCUCAUACCUCACUGCUGUCCACAAGCCCCGAUGUCUCUCUACCAAACACUGCUUCCGUGCCCUCAAGUGCGGGUGUUAUGGGGUCAUCUUCCUUUCCACUGGAUUCGCAAUCAACCACUCGUCAAGGCCAAUUUUCCUACACGUCGCUUGAAGGCCAACACAAUCGCUCAGCUGGUGCGGCGGCUUCCUACACGAGUCCAUGUGCCACACCUGGACGAACUUUCGGCUCAGCAAGCGCCAACUCCAAUUUGCAAAUUUUUGCAACUGAAUUCAAAAAGAUCUCGGACAAAGCUACCCACGAUAAAGAAUAUGCCCGUCAGCUGUAUCGAGCCAUCAACGAGCUACUGUUGUGCCUUCUCUUCACCUUUUAUGAUGUCAAGAUAUCGCAAGAGCUGAAGCCUUUCCGCGAAACAGCUGGUUUACUCUUACCUCAAGAUUUGUAUGCCGCCGAAAUGCACAGUAUCCAACACAAGGGACCUGGUGAGGGCCCAUGUCUCUCUAAAUUUGCCGGUUCCAGGGAUCCAAUUGAGUCCUCGGUAAUACCGACAGCCGAGGACAUUACGGACCUUAUGGAAACGAGCACCUGUGAAGUGAAGACGCAGCAUCAAACUAACGAAACUGUGUCACAAUUAGACGGUGGGGAAAUACAUUUUAAACCAUGCACCAAUAUGAUUAAAGUUGACGAUGUCGAAAUGGUCUCUGAAAAAGACCAGAACGGUUUACAGAGUGACAUGAUCGCAGAACCAGCUCCGGUGAGUUCCCACUUUGAAAAGUAUGCUUGUCUCAAUUGUCUAUUUGUCACAUUCUGUCUGACUUGUUCGAUCAGGAGCCGUGGUUUCCUGUUUGCUAUCUAG